GUGACAGAAUGCAACAUAAUCACAUUACAUGAAAUCCUUUCUUCUUUCUUUUUUGGUUAUAAAAACAAGCCCUACCUUUCAGGCAUGCACUAAGCUGUGUCCUCUGAACUCAAAUACAAGCAUCCUGUGCGGUUUACUUUGGUUAAAGUUCAUAAGUGACCAGCCUCUCACUGCCCCUUCCUUCCUACUAACUUUCCAUGGUUGCUUUUGCUGUGACAGGAAGGGUUGUUUGUUUCUCUUGGUUUCACUCUGCAAAAGAGGCUAGAGAUGGAAGAGGGGGAGGAUGGUUACACAGCCCUACGCUUCAAAGGAAGAAGGAAAAGAUCGAAUGGAACUUCUUCCAGGUCUUCUCCAUUUGGCCAUCCAUUUACCAUAUCCCUAGGAGUAGCGGUGACCAUUCUGCUUGGGACUGUGACGGGUUUGACUGUUCUGAUCUUUCAAGGCUCUAGUCUCAGCUGCCUCAACAGUGCCCAGAAUUUGUCUGAGGAACUCAGUGGAAAUACCCAGAAUACGUCCGAUGACCUUCACAGAAGUACUGUGAUGAUGCUGGGCAAAUUAAGGGAACAUUUUUGUGGGGAGUUAGAGAGUGGGAAAGCAGAACAUGCCCAGUGUGAGUACUGCCCACUUGGAUGGGUUCUGCACCAUGGGAAAUGCUACUAUUUCUCGGAGAAGAAAAAAAACUGGAGUGAUAGCAAGUGGUACUGCAGCUCACAGGCAGCCAGCCUCGCUGUGAUUGACAAUGAGGAGGAGAAGACCUUUAUUAUGAACAGGAUGAAGAUGGAAAAAGGCUACUAUUGGGUUGGACUCAGUAAGGGGAAGGACGGAUGGCUGUGGGUGACUGGUGCCGGGUUACCAGCAGAGAAGCUUCAUGUUACUGGCAGCAGCGACAGCCAUAGCUGUGUUGUUUGUGGAGUGGACGAGAUUCUGGCUGAGAGCUGUUUCAACCCCAACAAAUGGGUCUGUGAGAAAGCCACCAUGGAGUUUCCAACUGUGGAGAGGGUCUCACUGAAUUGAAAUCCCCUCCCUGGUCCCAACAAAAGCUUGGUAAAAAUAGGGCAAGGAGCACUGUUACAUCAAAUGCAAUACUUUGGGCACAAUGUAAGGUUUGAGGCUAAAAGACUAAAUAGGCCAGAGACUGAACUUCUCUUUUCCCUUGAGCUAGUCUCCCACAGGAGAAUCCCUAAAUGUGUAUGUAAUGCAGUGAUUCCCAACCGGUGUGCGGUCAGGCCCAAACAGCUGUGCAUGGAAUUUUUUUAAAAAUGACAUGAGAACAAGUAGUUCUGAUUGGCCACCUUCUGAUUGGAAAGGCCGCCUUCUGAUUGGCCAUCUGCCUCACUGCCCCUCAACGUCCAGGGGCAGAGCAAUGGGUCACCUCCUCUGCCCCUCCCCUUCCCUCCUGCAGCUGCCAGCCAGAGGUGAGGGGAAGAGCCCCUGGAGAUCGAGGUAUGCCAAGGCAGAGAAAAGGUUGGCAACCACUGAUGUAAUGUACAACGGAGAGAAAAAAUAAAAAGUUAAAAAAUCUUGACUGAUGGUGGAACCUCUGCCAAAACCUAGCUACCCAAGCUAAGAGUCUUCAGGUUAAUGUCUCCUACAGCAUCUUUGUAGAACUAUUGGUCUAGCCAACAUCACAUCCUUAAUACUAUAUUUUCCCAAGCCCCUUUCCAAGCAUCAGCAGCAUUGGUAACCACCCAGGCACCAUCCACCUCCCUGGCUUGUACAGGAAAAUUGAAUUGUAUAUUACAUAAUUUUUCUUCCCCCUCACAAGCUCCUUGGGGCACUAUCUGUUUCUACCCAUCCCCCCCCUUUGCAAGGCCUGCCAAUAAACAUUUCCCCUUUGUUUGAGCAUAACUCCAUUUAAAUUUGCUGUGCAAGAUCUCUAACUUUUUAUUUGACUCAGAUAGCCAAAGUACACAGGCUAUUUGUUUCAGGGAGGUCUUGAGGUGAGAUCUAAGAAUCGGGAGCUAGAGAUCUGGCUUCUCAUCCUGGCUAUGACACCGAUUUCCUGUAUAGCCUUGGGUCUCUCUCUGCCGUAGUUUCCUGAUACCUGAAACUGGGAUAAUGAUAACUAACAUGGCUGCUACUCUGAAACCUGGGGUAAUGAUACUUCCCUACCUCACAGGAGUGUUGUGAGGCUUAAGUCAGACAUGGCUGUGAAGCACUCAAAUACUACAGUGAUGAGUGCCAUAGGAAUGUCUAUAAAUAAACAGGCAACCAUCUGUAAUUAGACUGUGGAAUCCAUAUAGCUCAACCUACAACAACCCAAAAUGCGGGACAUGAAAAAAUCAUUCAUGCAGGAAGUUUAGAAUGCUGUGGGAUUUGUUCCUUUAGGGUAAAUACCACUUUCUAUAACCUCAGGUCAAUGAUUCUGUAUUCCAGAUAUAAGCAAUUUUUCAACCAUGAAAAUGGGGAGACACCAGGGCUUGAGUCGUGCCAGAAUGUUCCAGAAUGCCGUUCUGUCACUUUUUUUGUGAUGAAGCUGAGUUUGGCAGAGCACUGGGGUCAGUUGCCUCUCACUAGCUCACUCCACCCCAAGCCAGGGGAAGGUGCUCUGGCCCACUGCUGGGAUGCACUGGGGACUCGGCCAGAGAUCCAUGCUGCUGAUAGAUUGCCAAUGCCAGCAGUGAGCCUGUGGGGGUGUCACAGGAUGGUUUUUUCACAUUUUCCCAUGACAAACAG